GUUCCCUGCAUGCAUUCACCUGGAUUUAUUGCUUACAGGGAUUCGAAGUGUUGCUAGAACUCUGUCACUACUGGCCAUGAAAAAGUGUGCGGUCAAGAGCUCCUCACCUCCUUUGGUCCAUCAGAUCUCCAGUAUCUUGUCACCUGUCAACCAGAAGUACCUGGCCAGUAAAGGAUAUUACAGACAACAGGGUUGGCCUAAAGGCACAUUUAUUGAUGCUGAUGAUGAAAGUGCAGAUGAAUGUGCUGAUGCUGCAUCUCGUAGAAAAAACUUCCAGAAAACUAGACGCCAUUGGAGUAUGUGUGAUUCAAAUGAGCAGAAGGAGGAGUGGGCUGAAGAGAGGAGAGACCCUCACCUGAGCACCACCACGGAGUCCUCUACAGACAGUUUGGAUACACCUAACCCAGAAACAGAGAAAGCUUUUGAAGAGAUCCGUCGCCAGUACAAUGCCAGCUUGAGUAAAAGGUCUCUGUCUGCGGAGGAUUUGUUCCUGCCUGCCAGUGAGCUCAAGCCCAACUACUUUAUUUCCCCAGCCAGCUCACGGCAAGCCACAGUAGAAAAAUGUCCCACUCUAAAGGAGCAGAGCAGUGCUGAUGGGGACAAGAAACACAAUGAUAAAAAUAACAAUCAGAGCACUGAACUGGAUGGGAGUACCAAUGUGGAGAUCGUUGUAUCUGGGCCAGGUACAGACCAAACUGGGCUGGGAGCAGACCAACGCUGGGAAAAGUCACCUUUUAACCUGAGUGUUGCCACCAUCUAUAGAGCUUCAUCUGACUCGGGCUCCACCAGCAGCAGUGGAACCGCUGUUGGCAGUUUGAGUGUUGCCACGGCAACAGAUAACCUGGAUGCACAUCAUUUGAGUGCAUUCCUAGUGGAUGAGCCAGAUGAUCUGAGACAACGUUGCUCACGAGGUUGCCAGACUGAGCUCAUCCCUCAGCCACGCCCAGCAGGGAGUCAAGUGAAACUCUCUGCCCUUCCACCAUCCAUUAAUCCACUGGAACUGAUGAAAAGAUUACAGCACUCUCAAGAUGAACUGACCAGGAUGGGGAGUAUUCAAUCAGACAGCAGUGGCUUCUAUGAUACAGAAGAAGACAUUAAUAAGGGUUCCCAUUUAAGAUUAAAUGGAAAAAAGGCUUCAAUGCUUGCCUGUAAGUCAAAACAAGAAAUAGCAACACAAACAGUGGAUGUAUCCCAGAAUGUUCACACAGAGCCAGCCAGCUAUAUGACAAGGGAACCAGCCAACUUUAUCACAACUUGUUUCAUUCCUUCUGUUCAGCCUAGUUUCAUUCCUUCUGUUCAGCCUAGUUCUCUGUCUGAGCAUAGACAAGUGUUUGGUGAGCCUCAGUCAAGAGAUGCUGUCCACUCUGAUAUGAGCCAAUGGGGCCCAUGCCAGUCCAGAUGUGCUGGCCCUGUCAGGAACUUGAGACCUCUAUCUGUAGAGUUGGCCCAGGCCACAUCAGCUGCACCAUCAGCUGCACCAUCAGCUGCACACAGCUCUGUCUUGUCCAGUCUCUUCAUACAACCUGCUGCCAAUAGCCACACCACUCAAUUCCCUCCCCCUGCCACCAGUAGCCACACCACUCAGUUCCCUCCCCCUGCCACCAGUAGCCACACCACUCAGUUCCCUCCCCCUGCCACCAGUAGCCACACCACUCAGUUCCCUCCCCCUGCCACCAGUAGCCACAUCACUCAGUUCCCGGCCACCAAUAGCCACACCACUCAGUUCCCUCCCCUUGCUGGCAACUUACGAGGCCUGACCUCUCACAGCACACCUCGUCAUCUAGAGAGCCAACGCUCGUGUGACAUCCUGGAGGAUGACAUCAGUGAGAUUUUCCAGACUUGCAGUGAGGGCUGGCACCCAGCUAGAUGUUCCCUGCACUACUGUCAUUCUCUGCCUUCUCAAAGCUUGUCCAGAGAUGACCUUGACUCAUCUGGUGCAUCCAUCCAGUCCACCCCAGUCUCCACUUCAGCAGCACACAAAUUAGCUCGUUUGAUUAAUCGCCCAAUUUACUUUAAGGGCAGCAAAUGUCAGGGCAGUCAGUAUAGACCAAAGCAUUACUUCAGAGACUGGGGCCGUCUAGCUAAAAAAAAGAGGCUGCAAGAAGAAAAUCAUCUGCUGGAAUACGCCAUCCAGAAAUACAAGACUGAUAUCAGUCUGAUGGAAACAUCUUUCAUGAUCCAUUAUCACACUCUUUAUCAGGAUAUGACUGCAGAAGAAAGGGAUGAUAUCCAAGAACUGGAGUGGCUGUGGUCUGAGGUGAGAGCUCAGGUGAUGGAGAUGGAAAAGUUGCUCCUGGCCAGGAUAAGAUCUGUCCACUCCGGCAAUGAUUUCCACUCUCUGUUGUCCAGCUUGGGAAUCAUUGAUAGGAUGAUUGAGCUUCUAAAAGAGCAAGUCUACCUGCAGCAAAUUUGUCAUCAGGACAGUCAAGUGUUUGAAGAUGAUUCAAUAACACAUGAUAACAUAAGCCUAGAUAAGAUGAAGUCAUCAGUCAGCUCUACAGUCAUGCGGCAAGUUAAGAUGGAGAUUGAAGAGACAAGGAAAAAACUGGAGUCUGACUUAAAGGCCAGGGAUGCUGACAUUGAACAACUUAAAUCUCACAUUUCUUCAACCAGGCGAUGGGUUCCAAAAUCUAGGUCAAAAUUUGGUUUUAGUACCCCAUCACGAACAUUUAUUUCAAGCUAUGUAACACCAACAAGGUCAAGGUCACGUGUUGUUGAGGGGAAAGUUGUACAUGAGACUGAUGUGUAAAUCUUAUGUGACAGCCAUACAUACACUACACACUAUGUGACAGCCAUAUGCACACUUAUAUAUAUACAUAUAUAUAUAUAUAAUUAUAUA